AUGGCGACGGAGGCGGCGACGCGCGACGCGCGCGGCGCGGUGUUCAGGCGCGGCGCGAAGGCGACGCAGACGCCGGUGGAUGGGGCGCUGAGCGAGGCGCAAAAAACGCGACGCGCGAGCGCGCUGGCGUCGCUGCGCGCGCACUGCGACGCGACGCGAGGGCAGAAGAGCGCGGUGAUGCCGUGCGCGAUCUGGCGGGCGACGAAACGGCGCGCGGAGGUGGUGAGACACCGAGGAAGGCAUUUUACGCGAUUCGGGUGCGCGCGCGGCGACGGCGUGUGGCUGAGCGCGGAGGAGUGCGCGUUUUUGGUGGAAACGGAGCGGUUGGCGCUGUUCUUCAGCGAGAAGGACGAGCGAUGCGCGAGCGUGCGCGCGGUGUAUCGCCUGAUGGCGCGGGUGGGGGUGUCGCGGGAGGCGUACCUGGCGUACGCGCACGUGUGCCGGUUGGGAUACGUGUGCCGACGGUUCGGGAGCGCGUGGACGAUGGAGGCGAGGGCGAGCGAUGCGGACUUGGUCGCGGCGACGGAGGGGUUGGGAAUUUGGAAGCGCGCGCGAGAGGGCGAGGACGGUGCCGUGGACGACGAUCGGGACGCGGUGAAGAGACGGAAAAUCGCGCCGUCGACGCGCGAGAUUAAAAAGACGCCGAGGCAGCGAGAAUUACAGAGUCGGCGGUGGUGGUUCGCGUCUGGCGCGAUCGAACACGAGUGGAUCGGGCCGGAAAUAGAUGCGGCGAUCGAGGCGAACGCAAAACCGCCGUAUGCGAUGACUUUGGAGUACGACGAGACGCCCGUGCGCGUGGCGCCGACGUUUCAGGUGUACCAACCGAAUAGGAAUUUUAGCAAAAAGUCACCAGACCCGGUGAGUUUUUACCUGUACGUCGCGUCGGAGCGACCACCGAACGGGCGAGAGACGCGAUCGCUCAUAGAGCAAGCGAAUGGGAAGCCAGUGCGCGUGGCGAGCUGUCGACAGUCGACGGUUAUGAUGUUUACGCUGUCAGACGCCUGA